AUGGCCCUCGAUAACAGUGCAUCCCCCGUCUCCGACACACCUCCCUCGUAUGAUGCGAUUAAUACAUCGGUAUCAACAGAUUCCACUAGGUGUAAACGAUCAGUAUUUUCAUUCCUACAAUCCAAGCAAAAACGCCGCCAAGCUCUAGUUCUAUCUCGCAUCCAUGAAAUUGUUUCCUCUCCUGAUCUCAACGUUUCCUCUGUUUUGUCGAUUAUCAAAUCCUGUGCCGCUGCUCUCCCAACAGCAGAGUUCUCCAACCUACUUCAAAAACGCAAUAUCAAGAGCCACACGGCGCUGUAUUGGGCGAUUGUAAACCACCGGCGAGAAGCCCUUUUGGAGUUGGUUAAAUUCAUUCCCAAAUUCUCACGUGCUUGCUCUGCCGACUUGCGUCUUGCGUGCGUGACAGCGAGCGACCACGAUUCGUUUAUGCUACUGAAUUUGGGGGACAAUUUCGAUUCCAAGGAUAAGUCUUCGAGACGCAUGCUGGGUUGUCCACGAGAUGAUAUCCAAGUCUAUGAAUGGGACACUGCGGACCGCAGCAAAAACCAUUUCUAUGUUCAUAUCGUCUGCAGGAUGUUCCAGAAACGUUUGCGUAUUGCACGAAAAGUUGAAGUCGAAUUCGUUGCCCAGGGUAUGUGGACCGUGACUUUGGCUUGUUGUCCAUGCUGA